CAGUAUACUUGAUUAUCUCCACUUUUACAGUAAAUGUACAACUGUGCAUGUCUUAGCUGAUAUGAUUUUAAUAAUACCAAUAAAUGUGCGUAUGUUGCUUUUCACAGAUAAUUAUUGAGAGAGAAAAAAAAUGAUAAAAGCACUUGGCACUUUGCAAAACUUGACUAUGUAAAAUAAUAUAGUCCUGACUUUGACUUCACUUGUAGCAACACUUAUUAGUGAUCUGGUCACCCAAUUACCUUUAACAAAGAGGUACAAUCAUCAAAGUGCGCAUCGAGCAACCUAUCUAAAGAUUCUUAUAUGUAACAAAAAACUCGUAUUUUGUUCACUGCCUUAAAAGGCAAUCAGAUCACGUUGAUUCAACAUUUUAAUUUCCAUAUAACUGUUCUGUGAUCAGUUUUGUAAUCAUGGCAGGCUAAUAGCAAUCAAGUUGAUGUUGCAGGGGGGGGGGGGGGGUCAACAAUCUCGUUUAAAGUCUGCAUUUCGCAAAUUAUAUGAUCGUUGCAAAAUCAUUUUAGUUCAAAAUAUACUGUAACAAUUACUUGAAAGGGGGAUUGGGAGUGGAAAUAAACAUUCGGUUUUGGUCAUCAAUCCAUACGAUAUAACUUUGAGCAUGCGUGAGAUUUGUCCAUUAACAUGGCCUUGAUUCACGCGUUUUAUCUUUCCUUCCAAUGAACCAGGCCACUCGUGUUAGUUGAUCUUUCGUUCUGUAAGUUUAAUGUAACUAUUUUAUUUUAUAGCAAAGAAUCGGAACAUUAUCCAAGGGUGAAAUAAAACUAUGCUUAUUGAAUGAAUAAAUGCAAGAAUGUAGGUGCAAUAAAAUUGUGUACACCAAUUAGGUUUAAGAAAUCCCAGGUCCUGCCCCUCCCCCUUUUCUGGAUUAUGUACACGUACCGUUGAACUUUCUUAUUUUCUGAAAAUAUUAUUUGUAUCAGUGAGGUAUAUUUAAAGCCAAGUAAUACAUUUAUUUUAGCAAUUUUUGGAAUUCUACUUUCAUUUUCGCUUUAUUCAUACUUUGGUACGUGAAGAUGCAGUAUCAGAGAUUAUCUGAAGACUAUCCAGCCCAUCUCUCACCGGCUUGUACGUCUAUUCUCGAUGUAAAGAAGAAGAUAGCCCCGCGCUAUGGCGUCUCACACUACUCUCUCAGUAUCGUUGAUUUUGAGGAGGGGAUUCUUUACGAAGAUGGGCGGCAAAUCUCAGGACUGUCUUCUCCACUACAAGUCAUGGUGGGAAACGAAAACCGACAGUUUCCGUCCUAUCUGAAAACUGAAGAACCGGACAUGCUAACGCUUGAUGAUUCCGAUGAUGAACCCCGUCUGAGGAUGUCGUGUGGACACGCAAUCUCUGCUGACAGUCUGUUUGGGUACACGAAGAGUGAACUUAUGACAAAUAUUGUAGACGAAAUACGAUGUCCGACAGAAGGCUGUAACUUCAAGUGGAGCAUGCAGGAAAUCGUUCGGAAGUCGGACAUGACGGACGACGAACGGAUUUUCUUCGAAUAUAGAAUUUCCAUGAACGCAGUGAACAAAGAUGAUGAUUCCACUUCCACCUGCCCAGAGUGCGGGAAUUACUGUCAAAGGCAAGCUGAGGACAAUAAGCAAGUCAACUGUGUAUUUUGCAGCAAAUCCACAGGCAAAGAUUUUAAUUUUUGCUGGGAAUGCAAAUCACUUUGGUUUCCAAACCACAGUUGCGCCAACGUGGAACUAGAGGCCUUUCAAAGAAUAUUGAAUGAAGCUCCUCUUAAGAUGCUGGAUUAUUCCCACAUUGAAGGAGUCCCCUCCAAACGAAUGUGUCCUAGCUGCCGUACCUUAAUCGAACACGAGAGCAUGUGUAAAGAAAUGACUUGCAUCAAGUGUAAAUUUAAAUUUUGUUUUUCCUGUUUGACUCCCUGUCUGAAUGGUUCUCUUCAGUGCAGCGGCUAUAACAGAAAAUGUUCAGUUGCUAAAGUACAGAACGUAUUUCAGUAGUAACUCAGAAACAUAGACAGUAGUUUUAUACAAAUAGCAUAUGUCAUUACAAUAUGUACCUUUAGGCUUCAAAAUAAAACUGCCUGCUGGUCAAUGAAUAUAAAAA